UCUGCUCGGGAGGAGCCUGUCCAGCGUGAGACAGCACAUUCCCGCACCGCGGCAGAGAUCCGGCUGCAGUCGCAGGCACCGCACAGCAGCAGCCAUUUGGGAUCCAGCUGCUCCGUGAGCACCGGGCUCCUUCCACCCCCUCCCUGCAGCCCCGGCCCCAGAGGCCCGAAGCUCCUUCUGCAGGUGCCCGGCGGCACGGCCAGAGCUGCAAUGUCAGACAAAAGUGAUUUAAAGGCAGAGUUGGAGCGCAAAAAGCAGCGGUUAGCCCAAAUAAGAGAGGAGAAAAAACGGAAGGAAGAAGAGAGGAAAAAGAAAGAGGCUGAUCUGCAACAAAAGAAAGAACCAACCCAGGAGGAUUCAGAUCUAGACCGCAAAAGAAGAGAGACUGAGGCUUUAUUACAGAGCAUUGGUAUAUCCCCAGAACCACCUCUAGUGCAGUCGCUGCAUGUUUUAACAUGGGAUACCUGUUAUUUUCAUUAUUUAGUCCCAACCCCUAUGUCUCCCUCUUCGAAAUCAGUGAGCACUCCCAGUGAAGCUGGCAGCCAGGACUCAGGAGAUCUGGGACCAGUAGGAAGGACCCUGCAAUGGGACACAGACCCCUCAGUGCUGCAGCUCCAGUCUGACUCUGAACUUGGACGCCGACUGCACAAGCUAGGUGUGUCAAAGAUUACCCAGGUUGAUUUCUUACCUCGGGAAGUGGUGUCCUACUCCAAGGAAACACAGACCCCUCUGGCAACACAUCAAUCUGAAGAUAAUGAGGAUGAUGAAGAGAUGGUGGAACUGAAAGCACAGAAUGACUCAGAAAUGGAAAAUCAAGAGCAGAAACAGGAAGUUAAAGAAGCUCCUCCUAGAGAACUGACAGAGGAAGAAAAACAACAGGUUCUCCAUUCAGAAGAAUUCCUGAUAUUUUUUGACCGGACAAUACGUGUAAUUGAACGAGCUUUGGCUGAAGAUUCAGAUAUAUUCUUUGACUAUAGUGGCCGAGAUGUGGAAGAGAAGGAUGGAGAUGUUCAAGCUGGAGCCAACCUUUCCUUUAAUCGUCAGUUCUAUGAUGAGCAUUGGUCCAAGCAUCGUGUUGUCACCUGCAUGGAUUGGUCUCUUCAGUACCCAGAGUUGAUGGUUGCUUCUUACAAUAAUAAUGAAGAUGCUCCACAUGAGCCUGAUGGGGUGGCCUUGGUCUGGAACAUGAAGUUUAAGAAGACCACACCAGAAUAUAUUUUCCACUGCCAGUCUUCUGUGAUGUCUGUCUGCUUUGCUCGCUUUCAUCCAAACCUGGUUGUUGGAGGAACAUACUCUGGGCAAAUUGUCCUGUGGGACAAUCGCAGUCACAGGAGAACUCCAGUUCAGCGUACCCCCCUCUCUGCUGCAGUACACACGCACCCCGUGUACUGUGUGAAUGUAGUUGGAACACAGAAUGCGCACAAUCUCAUUACAGUUUCCACAGAUGGCAAAAUGUGCUCCUGGAGUCUGGAUAUGCUCUCAACUCCACAGGAGAGUAUGGAACUGGCGUACAAUAAAUCCAAACAAGUGGCAGUCACAGGAAUGGCUUUCCCAACAGGAGAUGUCAAUAACUUUGUGGUGGGCAGUGAGGAGGGGACAGUCUACACAGCUUGCCGUCAUGGAAGUAAAGCAGGUAUUGGUGAAAUCUUUGAAGGCCACCAAGGGCCUGUCACAGGAAUCAAUUGCCACAUGGCAGUGGGCCCAAUUGACUUUUCCCAUCUCUUUGUUACAUCGUCAUUUGACUGGACUGUCAAACUGUGGACUACAAAGCACAACAAGCCGCUCUACUCCUUUGAAGACAAUGCAGACUAUGUCUACGAUGUCAUGUGGUCACCAGUGCAUCCCGCGCUCUUCGCCUGCGUGGACGGGAUGGGGCGCUUGGAUCUGUGGAACCUGAAUAAUGACACCGAGGUUCCAACAGCCAGUGUGACCAUCGAAGGAGCUUCUGCCCUCAAUCGUGUCCGUUGGGCGCAAGCUGGGAAAGAGGUAGCAGUUGGUGAUUCAGAAGGCCGCAUCUGGAUCUAUGAUGUUGGAGAGCUUGCUGUUCCACACAAUGACGAAUGGACCUGUUUUGCUCGGACACUGGUUGAAAUCCGUGCCAACAGAGCAGACAGUGAAGAAGAAGGGGCCGUAGAAUUGUCCACCUAGGGAAAGAAAGUCAGCGCUCUUUGUCCGGCACAGUCUCUGUUCCUCGUUGAGUAUGCCAGUGUUCGAUGUUGAAUUGAUAUUGCUGUGGCUUUUGAUGCCAAUGUAUGUACCAGUAUUGCUCAGAGUGCACCAUAUUAAUCACACUGUGCUUUACACAAGGCUGAAAAUAUCCAGAGCGUUUCCAUACUUUAUAUUUCUGUCUAAAAAGUAAGAAAGAAAAGACAAAUCAAACCUUUUAUGGGUUUAGUUGUUGCCUUUUAACUACUUAGUAGCUGUAUUUAAUAGCUAGAAACCCAUGGUUAAACUUGUGCUCACAUGCACUUCUGGCAUAGUCCUAUUAAAUCCAUGUGAAGCCAGAUAUGAUUAUGUGCAGAUGUGGUGUGCUUCACUAUAUGGGACUGGGCCAAAGACUUUAGAUGUGGUGUUUCACAUGGUGACUUACAUUAUGAAUGGAUGUACUAUACAAAAGUUGCUGCUCCUUAUUUAUUGCGGUGUGCUGCAUGGAACAUAUUUAUUUGAAAGCAUUAAAAUAAAUGAUCCAAAAGCAUGUGCAUAAUGAGAGAACUGCAUUGUCUCUGUGCUGCUGUAGAGGUUACGUUAAGGUCCAAAUAACAGUUACACUACGUCAGUUGUAUUAAAGAUGUAAGAUCCGUAACGGUUUGAGUGGAUGGAAUGAUUUUUUUAAAUGCCUAUUAUUUCUAGGCACUUUAACAAUAUUUCAAAUACAGUCAACCAUUGAUACUUGUCAUGCAAGCUAACACUAACAGUCUGACAAAGGGUUAUGGUUCCUGAGUAUGACACUGGUAUCACUAAUAAAAUGUAUCAAACCCA